AUGAUUGCGACGAGUGUAAAGUAUUUUACGAGGCCCUCUACGUUGGGACGGAUCAGUGUGCGUAGAGCACUCUCCUCACAGAAGACCUCUACGGUACAGUCAAAUGAAAUAUUGAUUGCGCAGCGUAGGAAUAGGCCUGUGUCGCCACAUUUGACUAUCUUCCAACCGCAGUUGACGUGGUAUUUGUCAUCGCUGCACCGUAUUAGUGGUGUUUUAAUGGGAUUUGGUUUCUAUGCUGUUACAAUUGCAUUUGGGUUUUCUUCGCUGCUGGAUCUUGGGCUUACCACAGAGCAGUUGACUGAGUGGUAUCAUAACAAGGUGCCCACUUGGGCGGACUACUCUGUCAAGGGGGCUGGGGCUUAUUUGUUUGCGUUUCACUUUGGUAACGGUAUCAGACACCUGAUCUGGGAUAUGGGGAAGGAAUUGACCCUCAAGGGUGUGUAUAGGACGGGGUAUGCGGUGCUGGCUCUCACGGCGAUCGGGGGGACGUAUUUAUUAAUGUUGUGA